GAAGAGAUGAAAAUUUAAAUGUCUUUCAAGUCGAAGAGCAAUGUUAGUAAUGGUAUGACUAAUGUCUUCUUCUUAGAUUGGGAUUUCCUGCUUUUGUUGUGAAAAUCAGCCAGGUGGUUCUUGUUCCCAAUCCAUUGGUUUUGUGUUAAUAGAUUUUUUUUAAUCAAAAUGACGGGUGAAUCAAGAGAUCAGAUGAGCGAUAUUGAUGAAGCUUUCUCGCUGUUCGACAAAGAUGGUGAUGGUAAAAUCAAUGUCAAGGAGUUUGGUGCUGUGAUGAAAAGCUUGGGCAAAAAUUUUGUGCUUAGAAGUUAUUCCGCAGAACGAAAUAUGCUUGAAAGACCGCAAGAUCGCUCAGUGCCUAUCUAUUUUAAUACCAUGAUUGUGAUUUCCAUAUCAAUUGCCAUAAUUGUAGUGGUUAUUGUUUGUGCUGUGGCCUAUUCAUAUAUUAAUCUAGAAGAGAAGAAAGCAGCGCUACUUAGAGCAGGAUUAAUGCCUACAUCUCCAUCCAAAAAUUUUCAAUACAUUUCUACAGCCUCAUCAACACCCAAUCAUUCGCAGUCCAUUGUGUCUGAGGAAAGUUCACUGACUCUUCGUUAUUCCGAUUCAUCUGAUCGAAGUAAACCUUUGCUUGCUCGUCCACCAGUUCCUUCAGCUCUUUGGGCUCAACAACAAGGACCCAUAAUAGAAGAAGAAGCUGAAAAUUAUAUUUAUGAAUCAUUGCCAUACAAUAAGAAUCACAGGGAAAAAAGAGUUUCUACUUUUGCCACUUCACCGCCUCCACCACCGCGUAGUGCACCGCCAAAACAUCCUCCCAGUAGUUUAAUGGUAGCUAAUGAUAAAACCUUAAACCACUCUCAACCAUCACCCACCUCUCAAUCACAUAAGCCAUCAACAUCCACAAUGCUUUCACCAACAGUAGCUCAUUCAUCUCACUUUCAAUCUCAACCAUCUACAUCAUACUCACAUCAGCAACAAUAUACACCAAAUAACUGCGCAUCUUCGACAUCUCACCAUCAUGGUUCACCAUCAACCCAGCAACCUGGCCCAUCAACUUCCUCAUCAACUCCUUCAUCUUCAAAUAUCUUCUGUAAAGCUGAUGUUCAUAAUUGUGAUAAUGAAAACACUCGUUCGUACAAUUUUUUUUCCUUCCAAGCCUAAUUUAAAUGCAUGCAACAUGUAAUUUCAUUUUUUUUCUCUCAUGGUUUUACCAUUUCUUCAAUCGUGAUUCUCGUUAUGAAUUUUUUUCGCAUCUUUUUUUUGUACCAUACGACCAAAUGACUCAUUUAAUAAUUCCUCUGCAACUGAUUCCCCAUUUUUAGUGAAACAUCAAACAUAAAAAUCAACUUGAAAGCGUGAAUUAUCAGCGCAAAAUGAAAUGAUACGAAAAACAAACUCAAUAGAGUAUUGAAUCAAUUAUACACAUAAACUAACUAAAUGAUAAUAAAUUAAUUUAUUGCUCUAAA